AUGAUGGGAGUUAGGAGUGUGUGCUGUUUUUUACUCAUCUCUCUGCUAAAGUCUUCCUCUGCUCACAGCGACUUCUUCACUUCCAUUGGUCAUAUGACAGAUCUGUUGUUCACAGAAAAAGACCUGGUGACAUCAUUGAAAGACUACAUUAAAGCAGAGGAGAGCAAACUAGAGCAAGUUAAACAGUGGGCAGAGAAGCUUGAUGCUUUAACAGCCACAGCCGUCCAGGACCCAGAGGGCUUUUUGGGUCAUCCUGUCAAUGCCUUUAAACUCAUGAAGAGACUAAACACAGAAUGGGGUGAAGUGGAAGAUCUAGUGCUCAAGGACAUGUCUGAUGGCUUUAUCUCAAACCUGACCAUUCAGCGCCAGUACUUCCCCAAUGAUGAAGACCAGAACGGUGCAGCGAAAGCCCUCCUCCGACUGCAGGACACAUAUAAACUGGACACACAGACCAUCUCUUCUGGAGACCUGCCUGGUGUUAAUACAGGUCUGCCAUAUAAAAGCACCCUGACGGUAGAGGACUGUUUUGAACUAGGAAAAAUUGCCUACUCUGACGCAGACUACUAUCACACGGAGCUGUGGAUGGCCCAGGCGCUCAAGCAGCUGGAUGAAGGAGAAGAAUCCAGCGUUGAGAUUGCCACCGCUCUGGAUUACCUCAGUUACUCUGUCUACCAACAGGGGGAGCUGGAGAGAGCUCUGGAAUAUACUAAGAGACUGCUUACUGUGGAUGGGAAGAAGGAAUAUCUCCCGGAGAAGAGGAAAUAUGAGAAGCUGUGUAGAGGAGAAGGACUCAAAAUGACUCCUCGGAGACAGAAGCAUUUGUUCUGCCGUUACUUCAAUGGUAACAGACAUCCAUUUUACACAAUUGGGCCAGUGAAACAAGAAGACGAAUGGGACCGUCCCCGAAUCAUCCGUUAUCAUGAGAUAAUAACAGAACAAGAAAUAGAGAAAAUCAAGGAGCUCUCCAAACCAAGGCUGCGCCGAGCCACCAUCUCCAACCCCAUUACUGGUGUCCUAGAGACUGCACACUAUCGCAUCAGUAAAAGGCGCGCCACCGUUCAUGACCCUCAAACUGGCAAACUCACCACCGCCCAGUACAGAGUCUCCAAGAGUGCGUGGUUGGCGGCCUAUGAGCAUCCGGUUGUGGAUCGCAUCAAUCAGCGCAUUGAAGACAUCACAGGCCUCAAUGUCAAAACCGCAGAAGAGUUACAGGUGGCGAAUUAUGGUGUUGGAGGACAAUAUGAGCCCCAUUUUGACUUUGGACGGAAAGAUGAACCAGAUGCCUUUAAAGAGCUGGGCACAGGGAAUCGCAUAGCAACCUGGCUCUUCUACAUGAGUGAUGUAGCAGCAGGGGGAGCCACUGUCUUUCCAGAAGUAGGAGCUGCAGUAAAGCCACUGAAGGGCACCGCAGUGUUCUGGUAUAAUCUGUUUCCCAGUGGAGAAGGAGAUUACAGCACGAGACACGCAGCCUGUCCAGUACUGGUGGGAAACAAGUGGGUGUCAAAUAAAUGGAUCCACGAGCGAGGUCAGGAAUUCAGGAGACCCUGCGGCCUGAAAGAGACCGACUGA